CUGCUCUGUCUGUCCCUCUCCCUCUCUCUAUCGCUCUCUCUCUCUCUCUCUCUCUCUCCUGUCUGUCACCCGAGCUUCCUCUUGCAGGCUGUGUGUAUUUACCCUCUCUCUCCGCCUGGCAACGGGGCUGCAUGCUCAGGAUUACCAGAGGCUUUGCCUUUCAUCGCCGGCCGCUCCUUCUUCCUUUUGCCGCUGACUCGUGGACUACUGUAGCCACGGGUGAGAAGGCCUGUGGAAGAUCCUUGUGAUUUUGCAUUUUUUUGGCUUCCCUCGUUUCCCGAGAAUUCCCUCUCUCCACUUCUUUUGGAGAGAUCUGGAGUUGUGUGGUUCUGUAGACACUGAGAAAUGGAUCACUCUCUGUUCGGAUGUCUGCGGAGCCCGCACGCCCCAGCCCAAGCCUUGCACCCAGCAUUCACCCAGUCUUCCCUGGCUUUGCACGGCCGCUCAGACCACGUCUCCUAUCCUGACCUCCCAGGAUCCUCGCCACCUUGCGGUUACCCAGGGGAUGAGGUCAGCUUUGGAGGAGCUCAUCACAGAGUGCACCCUACUCCACAGCAUCCACAUCACUCACAGCAUCAACCCUCCUGGCACAUCUCACAGAUGCCUUCGAUUGGUGGUGACUACCAUGGCCUUUGCCUGCCGCACCCCGAGGCCACUGCAGCCGAACUGUGCAGCUCAGGAGGAGCAGGUUCCCAGGGCCUGUGCACUGGUAACUCAACGCUAGCUGGUAGUGACCCCUCUGGGGUGUCAUGUGUACCAGGAGAAUUUGGGAGACAGACAAUGUCACCUGUUGAGCCAGAGCAACGGAAUAGCAAAAUAAAGAGUGACAGUUCAGAAUCCCAGGAUGUUAGCUAUAAGUCAGACGUGAGCAGUAAACCAAGAAAGGAGCGCACGGCGUUCACCAAGGAACAGAUUCGGGAACUGGAAUCAGAGUUCGCUCACCACAACUAUCUGACACGCCUUAGACGUUACGAAAUCGCUGUCAACCUUGACCUCACAGAAAGACAAGUAAAAGUAUGGUUCCAGAAUAGAAGGAUGAAGUGGAAACGAGUGAAGGGAGGGCAGCAGGGGGCCGCUGCACGGGAAAAAGAACUGGUGAACGUAAAGAAAGGAACUCUCUUGCCCUCUGAGUUCUCCCCAAUAGUGGGACUACACCAUCCACUUGGUUCUCCCAGCAAUGAGGAUGACAGUCAUGACAGUGACCAGAGCUCGGAGCAUGCACAUUUAUGAUGAUCGGAAUCCAGCGGAAUACAUCAAACCUGCCAAUUUCCUCAGGAAUCAAAUUUGUUGAUACUCUAAAGGCCAUUAACAACAUGUCCUGUGCUCAGUUUUGUUAUUUCAUUUUAAGUGGUUUUGGGUUUGUAGUUGGUCUGUGUAACAGAUGCUCAGAGGUUUACACACAAGAACUCAGCCCUAAUGGUACCUAACUUUGUUUAAAUAAAAAGCCAAAGGGGUUUAAAGAUGGACACACUUUACAAUAUGUAGAAAACAGGAGGGACAAAAGAGAUAUUACAUUUUAACUUAGGUGUCUUUAAUCUUGAAACUUGUAAAUAAAUUUAAGUUUGAAUGUUGUAAGCAUUCCACAUGAGUGCGUUGGAGAGGAUUUUUGCACUGUUUUAAUUCUUGCCUUAAUUGAUUGUUACUGUAUUUACACAGAUUUUGAUAACAAUAAAAUUGAUUGCAGAACAUGGAUAAUCUGUGGCAGCACAUAAUAUGUUUUAUUCCCGCCCAUAUGUAAAGAAUCAAAGGACCCCAUUAAUAACAAAUGCAGCACAAUUGAUGUUUAAAGCAACAUUCAGAGUUCAAUACAAGUAAAGCUCAAUCAACAGCAUUUGUGGA